AUCAAUGUGUCAAAAGUUCUCGGCGUUUUGGUUCAAAUGUUUAUUCUCCUAUUUAUAAGUUUUUAAUGUGUAAGAUUAGUGUGCAUAAACUUAUGUAAAAAAGCUGCUUAUUGUUAUUUCGUCUUCAACAACAAUGUUUACUUGUAUAUUUUGUAAAACUCAUUACAAGAAAGGAAGUGGGAUCUCAUUUCAUAAGUUUCCAAAAGAUGAGAGAUUACAUCUGUGGCUAAAAAAUAUGAAAUUUGAAAACUUUUAUCCAUCAAGCAAUGAUCGCAUUUGUUCUAAACAUUUCACAGCUAAUUGCUUUACUAAACACUUGACUCGCACAUUAUUGAAACAUAAUAGCAUACCAACAAUAUUUCGUUUUAAAACAAAGGCUGCUUCUAAGAAUAAAAAAGAUGCUUCUAAGAAUGAUGAUACUGAGAAAAGCCGUAAGUCACCAUGUUCAAAUAGCCACAACUCUAUGGAACAGGAUCCCCUCACUGAUGAUGAAUUAUGCAGCGAAAUAAAAGUGGAGAUUGAAGAAAACCAUGAUUCUAGUUGUUCAUGUAUGUCGAAAUGCAGCAAAGUGGAACAGAACAAUUUACCAAACAAAGGUAUAUCUCGAGUAUGGGGUGAUGUCAGUCAUGAUCAUAGUUAUCAAACAAACACCCCCACAUCAACCCGAAAGGUAAUAGAAGGAAUUCAAAAUACUUUGAAAGUUGCACGUACUCGUAUAAAAGUAUUAUCUCAACAUGUAAAACGCUUAAAAAAGAAUAUAAUUAAUUUAAAAGAUACAAAUAAAAAAUUAAGAAAAAGAACAGCAAUCGGUGAUGUUUUUGUUGAUAUGUUAAAAAACACAGAAGAUGCAAAGUCACAUUUAUUCAAACGUAUGUUUUUAAAUUCCGAUGACAAUGUAAGCCAUGCAGGAUAUCCUAAAGAAUUGAAAUCUUUCUCAUUAACACUCUAUGCUCUUUCGCCACAAGCUUAUAAUUUCGUUAGGAAAAAAUUUAAUCUAGCAUUACCACAUCCACGUAUGUUACGUUCGUGGCGAAGUGCUUUAAAGGCGAAAUCUGCAAAUUCAAUUAAGAAUAACAGCGGUGCCAUCGACCCACCAAGAGUGGUGAGUGUACUUUCAAUACAAGAUGGCUUGGAACAUGUUAAGGCGAAGCGUGUCACUGACUCGCCUUACGAGAAUCCACACCAAGAUGGAAUGGAACAUGAAAAUAGUGGAAGUGAAUCAAGUUUAGAUGAAGAUGAUGAAUAUAGUGGCACUGAAUCACCCGUUGAAUUAGAUUUAAUUUUAGAUGAAACGGAACAUGAAAAUAGUGGCACUGAAUCAAAUAGUGAUUUAAAUUUAGUUCUAGAUGAAAUGGAACAAUGGCACCGAAUCACUAAGUGAAUUUACAUCAAAGGAUAAAAAGGAACAUAACAGUGAGAACACAAAAUCACGCGUUGAAUCCACUUUAAUAAAAGCUAGAAUGAAUCAUGUCAAUGCUUAAAACGACGAUAAAAAUACCCGAAGUAAAAAAAAUCUAAUCUAUCAAGAAAAAAUUUUUUUUACAUUUAUUUAUAUACGGUUACGAAUUCAAUGACUUUUUCUUUAAGUUUCUUUAAUUUUUCAAAGAGAUGAUAUCAAAGACAAGCGAGAUAAUGUAAUAGUUAAGCUUCACAAUUUAUUUUAAAACA